UGUGUUUCCUCCCUUUUCCAUCUCCACCACUGAGUCCCCUCCCCAUCUAAUUUAACAGUUUCCAUAAGCCUCACAGCCUUAAUUCCCUCCCCAUCUUUCUCGUUGAGGGUAUCUUCGUUGGGGGAAUCUGAGAAGACACGACUGUUGAGUUUCUGCUAUAAAGGGAAGGCAAAGAAGAAAGAAAGAAAGAAAGAAAGAAAGAAAGAAAGAAGACGAAGAAGAACAAGCAGCUGCACACUCAUUGACCAUCAUAGCAGUGCUCUGUUCUUCUCGGCUGCUGUUGAUUUCUCAAACGGCUCUCUUCGAUCUUCGGGUUCCUUGAUUUCUUGGAGCUUUGCCAGAACCUCUGCGGUCACCCUCGGGACCAACAUGGUGGAUCGAAAUGAUGGGCUGGGGGACACGACUUUCACGAAGAUCUUCGUUGGGGGAUUGGCCUGGGAGACUCGGAGGGACACCAUGAGGUGUUACUUCGAGCAGUUCGGGGAGAUCCUCGAGGCCGUGGUGAUCUCCGACAAGAACACCGGGAAAUCCAAAGGAUACGGAUUCGUGACUUUUCGAGACCCGGAAUCUGCAAGGAGAGCCUGCGAGAAUCCAUGCCCGGUGAUCGACGGAAGGAGAGCUAACUGCAACCUCGCAUCCCUAGGUGCUCAGAAGAACAGACCAACCGCCACCUCUCUGGGUGGAGGAAUGGAGAGGUUCCUGCAGAAACCGGCAACAUCGUCAUCAAGCUUUCAUGGCCAUUCAACAUACUUCCACCAAACCAUGCCCCACAGUUCAUAUCCCUACUCCUACGGGUACCCUGGCUACUCUCAGGACUUCUUCCCUAUGGGUUACUACAAUGUCUAUGGUGCGCAUCAUCAGCAGCUUCCAUCAUACUAUGCUUCUGCAGGUUCGGGAUCCGGAUCAGGGUCCCACGGGUUCUACCUGAUCUACUAUCCAUACUAUGCCCACACGGGGCACACACAGUACCCGAAGUUGGCUCAGUACCCGGUCAUCUCGCAGCAAUUCCGGAAUGCUGUGGGAUUCUCAUCAAUCCCAAGCUCGACUUCACCAUUGCCCGUUGCGACAGCCCGGCCAAUGCCGGUGGCAAACAUGACGGUGGUGGGGCCUGGAGCUACCGGUAACGUUACCGAGCAAAAAUCAUCCGCUUGAAGAAACAGAAGAUGACAGUGUAUGUGACAAGGAGAGGACAGAAGACGAGAGACAGAUUUGUACAAGCAUGAGUGACUUAUUAAAUUCUUUUGGCUUCGAACAUCCUUAGGCCUAGGCCUUCUUUUUAUUUUCUUUAAUUUAAUUAAUUUUAUUUUCCCAAUUCUUUUCCACAAAAAAGAAAAGGUCAAUUUUAGACUUUCUUACUCUUUAGCGUACAGAUAAGAUAUAGCAAAAAAGAAAAAAAAAAUUCGUUAGGUUCA